CUGCAGGAGGAGCGCUUGGAGAAGGAAAAGAAGAGACAAGAAGAGGCCAAGAAAGCGCUGAAGGAGCUGAAAGAAAUGCACAAGAGCCGCAACCAGAGCGAGGAUGUCAGGAGACAGAAAGAGGAGGCUCUGUGGAAGGCCAUGGAGAUUCCCAAGGAGUACUGGCCACCACCAGAGAAGUCAUUGCUGGAUGUGCUGGAGGGCAUCCAGAAGCAGCUGGAGCAGCAGGAGUCGUCAGUGGGCAGGGGUGAGACCAUCUCGGACACAGAGGUCCUGAGGCGGGCGUCGGGGGGGCUGGCCCUGCAGGGCAUUUACAAAACCAGCAGGGUCAAUGAUGUGCUGGAGAAGCGAGACCAGAUCAUCAGGAUUCCCGAUGGGUUCAAGCUCGUGGGUCCUGAGCAAGGGUCUCUGAUUGAGAGUAAGGAUUUCUCCUCCUCUGCAGAGGAAGCCACUUUCACCAAGUCCAUGGAGCAGCUGGGGUUCAGCAUCAGCGUUUGUGCCCAAGCCGGGUUCUGGGGGUUUAACACGGAAGAUGAUUAUAGCAACUCCUCACGGUCAGAGGCCACCCGCCAGUCCCGCUCUGAGCAGGGCUACAUCUGCACCACCAAGUUCCAGUACAUCCCGCUGGCCUCCUGCUGCUUCCAAAAGCACCAGCUCUGCCUCUCGGAGGCGGCCCUGCGGGAGCUGCAGGACAUCGAGCACCUUCUGAGCACCACUCUGGAAGGGGACAAGUCCAACGUGAUGAAGAGCAGGUGCGGGAGCUUCUUCAGGACGUUUGGGUCCCACGUGAACCAGGGUCCCCUCCACUUUGGGGGGAUCUUCUGGUGGAAGGCAGCUACGGAAGGGUUCCAGGCCGAGCAGCGGGAAGAGAUGAAGCAACAGGCAUCGAAAGCCCUGAACCUCUGCAUCGGGGCCAGCUACAGCAAAUUCACCACCAGCGUGGUGGGGAAUGUGGAGGUGUCGCAGUCCAGUUUGCAGUCUUCUGUCCAGGGAAGAGAUGGAAAGAGUGCCCACAGGGGGGUGAAGCUCUGUGUGACCAGCACCGGGGGCCCAGCAGGGACGGAUUCUCUUCCUCAGUGGAAAUCGGGUCUUGUGGCAAAUAACUCAACCUGGUGUGUCAUCGACCGAGGGUUUCAGCUGAUCCCGGUGUGGGAUCUCAUCCUCUCCAAUCACAGCAAGGACUUUAAGUCUCCCUGUCAAGUGAGCAGCUGCCUCAGGGCUGUGUAUGAAGCGCUAACGAACCAGAGUGCCAGCCCCAUGUUUGGAGAGGAGCUGGUCAGUGCGAUGGAAGAGGCCAGGGAUUUUGUGGAGUACGUGAAGGGCUGGGACAUGAUGGUGGAUGAAAGGAAGUUGCUCCAGCUUAAUAAUUUCAAACAGCGUCUGAACGAAAAAACCAAGAACCAUAGUGUCUGGGUCAACGUGUGCCUGUCGGACAAAGCUCUGCAGGAGUUCCUGGGGAACAUCGUUGAGUUUUGCAAGAGGUCACCUCCAGACAACAUCAUCUAUAUCAAGUCUCUGCUGAGGUGCCUCCUGGAUCCUUACAUCUACUCUGUCAAGGACUUCCCCAGCUCUUCCUCCAUUAUGCAAUGGAUCUUCCACACUGAGAAAACGCUUCCCGAAACUCCCAAUGUUUCUGAGCUUGACGAUCUCACCAAGACACUGCUGCAGAUGAAGGACUACAUCCAGGAAGUCACCUACGCACCAGAAACCUCUGCAUCUGCUGUUCAUGAAGCAAAGGUAAAAGCCACCUUGACUGCAAGCCUAGCGAUUUACUCCUUGCUCCAGUGUCUCCAGGAAAGGGCACAGAAAGACGUAGAACUGUUGGUGCUCCUAAUUACGACCAGCAUGGGGUACCUGGUGGAAAGCAGCACGUUUCAGUACCUCCUUGGAUGUCCGGAAAUUACCUUCAUGACAACUGAAAUGCAAAAAGAACAUCAGGAGUAUCUGAAUCUGAAGGAGCAAGACCUUUACAGAGCCCAGGCCCACCUGCUGCUGACGGGUCUGACUGUAACGCCCGAGCAUGAAGCGGUGUCCCCGGAGCAGAAGGAGGAGCGAUUAGUUUUCAUGGAAGAUCACAUGAAAAACUUAUGGUCCACAGAGAUAACAACUCUCCUCGAAAAGCACCGUGCACUCAAAGACUGGGAGAUGCUGGAAAGUGGCUUACGGUCCCUCAUCAGUGGGCACCUGGAUGACACCUGUGAUGAAGCGAAGAAAGACAUCAUAACCAAAGACAUGGAAGACACUUUUCAAAGAGUAGAGCCUUCCAGUCAGCCCAAACCCACACCUGACACCGGCAAAUCCAACACAGAUCAAGCUGUUGCAAACCAAGACUUCCUCCACUUACUCAAGCGCCUUGGACUAGAAAAUCACUAUCCCAAGAAAAUGGGGACAGAAGAUUUCCACAUCAUAUACAAGACGUCCUUACACAACAGCCGGCCCAGCAAGGACAAUGAACUACCGUUUUACUUCUUGCAAAAGCUAUUAACGGUGGACUAUCGGGUGAGGUACCUGACUUGCAAGGAGGAGAACAACCCAGGACCCACACCCGGGCCAAACCCCACAGAGCAAGAACAGGAAACCUCAGAUUCCUUUGAGGACUUUUUGAACGAUUUGGAGGAGGAAGUCCCUAGACCUGCACCCGGGGAGAGCCGUGUGCACCCCAUGGACCUCCAGAUGGCAAUUUUUCAUUGUGCCGACGAUUUCAUGAGACAGUACAUGUUGACAAAGCUUGCUUUCUGCCAAUUUGCGCUCCCUCUGCUGGUACCGAACCCCUGCACUUCACAGAUCGAGCUGCCCAUCUGGUCCCUCAGCCAAAUCAAAAAGAGCUGGAAAGGGGCUGAGAAGUCGGGAACGCGGGGGACGAUUAAGAGUUACAAAAACAAACUCAUCUACCAGGCAGAGACGCCCAUCGUGUCCUUCAUCCGCAUCGGCAGUUCUCCCUCCUCUUCCAAGUCUCAGAUCCUGAAUGCUCUGCUGAGCAAACAAAAGCACGACACUUUCUUCCACCGGCACUGCAAAGGCAGCACCAAAGACUGUCUGCUGAUGAAAGGGGUGGUGGAGAUCUCCUGGUACUGUCCCCGGGGCAGCGACGACGACAGCUUUGGCUGCUGCGUGGCUUUCUGCAACCUGCACGGAGACGCGAGGGACCACAAAGAGCAGCUGCAGUUUUUGCAGGAGAUAUCUGCUGUGAACGUGGCUUUUGUGUCCGAGUCUGACCAGAGCGACAAGAGAGCCAUGACAAUUUUGCGUGACCUGUGGCAGUCGCAGAGGCCUUUGGUUUGUCUUUUCACUGACAUGGAGAAUAUGGAAGCUGGCCGAUCCAGCCAGAACGUCAAAAUAGGUAUGAAGAACAGAAACGAGGCAGAAUUGAUGGAGGAGCUGAGCAAAACCAUCAGGGAUCUCCUGGAAAAGUCUAACACCCUUUUCAGCCUCGACGCCUGCCUGGACAGAGCCCGCAAGCACGGCUUCGUAGUCGAUGAGGAUACCGACGCGUGUGUGACAGCCAAAGGAAAGGCUGAGGCGCUGGUGAAGCUCCUGAAGGAAAAGAAGUUGUUUGAGAUCAAAUCCCAGCUGCUGCCUCUUCAGGGAAAACUGUGGUACAUGUGGUGUAAAAAGGACAAGGAGCUCACUCGCCUGCAGGAAAAGGGGAACAAGAGCAUCGAGCACCAUCGGAGCCAAAUUGAGUCAGAGAAGUCAGCCAUAAGAAGAAAGCAGCUGGACAAAGCGUUCCCCCUCAACCAGCUGAUGAAAUCGGUCCUUGAUUUUCUCCAGUCGCAGCCAGCAGACAGCAAGAAAUACUUCCUGCAGUGGAUGAAGGUCUUUAUGGACGACCUGUCCUCCGACCGCCUCGACGAACUGAGGAGGCAGUAUCACCAGUUAUGGUCUGAGAUCCUGGCAAUAAAGAAAAACAGCGAAAAAAAUGAUAUGAAUCCUGUGCUGAUGAGUGAGUUAGAAGCCCUCUCCAAUGAG